AUGGCGUCGUCCGCGGAUCCGUGGGUGCGGGAGUACGGCGAGGCGGCGCGGCUGGCCGACGACGUUGCCUCCAUGGUCGCCGACCGUGCGGCGCUCCCGCAGUCCGGGCCCGAGGUCAUGCGCCACACCUCCGCCAUCCGCCGCAAGAUCACCAUCCUCGGGACCAGGCUGGACAGCCUCGAGGGGAUGCUGGCCAGGCUUCCCCCCAAAUCCAUCACGGACAAGGAGCUGAAUAAGCGCCGAGACACGCUUUCAAAUUUGAAAUCUAGAGCAAAACAGAUGGCAGAGAGUUUCAACAUGUCGACCUUUGCCAACAGGGAGGAUUUGCUUGGUCAGAGUAAGAAAGCUGCUGAUGACAUGAGCAGAGUAGCCGGGUUGGAUAACCAAGGGAUUGUUGGCCUUCAGAGGCAAAUCAUGAAAGAACAAGAUGAGGGUCUUGAGAAGCUGGAACAGACGGUGCUGAGCACAAAACAUAUUGCGUUAGCAGUCAAUGAGGAACUUGACCUGCAUGCAAGACUGAUUGAUGACCUAGACGACCAUGUGGAUGGUACAAACUCGCGUCUUCAGCGUGUGCAAAAGAGGCUUGCGGUUCUGAACAAGCGCGCCAAGGGUGGCUGCUCCUGCAUGUCCCUGCUGCUGUCCACCGUUGGUAUAGUGAUGCUUGUGGUUAUUGUCUGGCUCCUCAUCAAGUAUCUGUAA